AUGUUAUGGCUACCUGGCUAAUUAAUUAUUUGGUGCUUUCAAUGUAUUGGUGUGUCAAUAAUUAAUACAAAAUAAUGGCGUUAGUUAAUUAAUUCCCAAUGUUUUGUCUAUAAUAAGGUGCUGCUUAGUAACGUAUUUUAUUCAGAAAAUGUAUAUCAUUAUGUUGCCAGAGUUUCAUUUUGUGUUUGUGGUGUGCAUUUUUAGAAACAAGUUUUUAGCCGUUAUCUAGUGCCAGCUCAUCCUGAACGCUUUUUACCGAAUUCGUCUUCAAAAAAUGCCCGAAUGAAUGAAAAAUUAUUGAGGAAUAAAUAAAUCUAGGCAAUGCCUAAGUGCAAAGUUUUAUCCCACCAUAAUUUUCUUCUGGAAUUAACUGGCUAACUGCUAAGCUUAAAUGCUUUUUUUUUUUUUUUUAAUUAAAUAAAAAAAAGUUAAAAGUUACAUUUAUUUUUUCAAAUUAUACGUCAAUUCACAAUGGGUCAUUCACAGUAUUUUGAGAAACACAAUUUGUAUAAUGUAACAGAAAUCAUUUUAACUGAUUAAAAGACAAAUGUCUUUUUUAAACAAAUGUCAAGUCUGCAUUCCAUCGGAUCCAUGUCCAUUAUAAGGAUCUGUGCUUUGGUGAAUCCCUGCUGCUGUGGACGGGAAUUCCGCCAAUACAUCCUUUUGAAGAGGAACCGCUUUGGGGUGAAGUUUUUCCAUCCUCUGUGAUUUCAAGACUGGGUUUGUUCAGGACAUUGUCAUCUACACUGGAGCAACCACUGACAUCACUCAUUAUGAUGGGCUAGGGCUGUCCGGGUCAGUGGUGAUGACAAUGCUGGCUCCUUAUCUGGGGAGCCCACACCCCCUUUGUGGACAAUUGGUACAGCAGCUUUUCCACCACUUGCUGACCAACAACAGUGGGCCCUGUGGAAAAAGUCCAGCCAAACAGAAAGGGGAUGUCCAGCUUCUCUGGUCAGAAUCUUACCUACCAAAUGUACCUGGCCAAUGUGAUGCGACAGCUGCUGGAGGAGCACCGCACCCCUCAGCGUCCAACAAGUGGAGGUCGUUCUGCAGCGGAUAACCCCCUGUGCCUCACUGCAAGGCACUUCCUGUCUAUGAUCCCGCAGACGAAGGCCCAAGGCAGGCGCUCGCGGAGGCACUGUAAGGUCUGCCUGUCCUCAUCCAGGAAGAGGAAACAGAAGAGGGCCACAAAGUUCAUAUGUGCACCCUGCAACACGUGCCUGUGUGCUGUACCAUGCCUUGAAGAGUACCACACUCUGAAGCACUACUAGGCAUCUACAAGCAGAACAGCCACAGCAAAUCUACACUUUGCAAUUUUCCAGAUUUUUAGGAUAAAAUCUUCCUGUUUUUUUUAUUUAAAAAAACAAUUCAGGGAGAAUGGAAGUCAGCUGGCAGUGAAGUGGCACGAUAAGUCCACGUCCACGUCUUUUUUUAGAUUCGGCUUUUUUAUUUUUUAUUAGGCUUUUCAAAAAAUAAUGAAUGGCUGCACACAGUGCAGAGCGGUGUGACCAUGUGGCGUAAGGUCAGGUGGGCCGUAUCUGCUGAUGUGGGUGGUGGCCAGUGCGAGAGUAGCUACAAUGACCACCAGUAAAGCGAAGGCUGCAAUCAGAAAAGUGAACGCAUUCCUCCAGGAAUGGGACCAGGGCAACAACGCAGUGCGCAAACGCAUGCUGACUGCUUUCCUCAAGCAGAAUGAGGGCAAGACCUGCCCCGAGCUGGAGGUGGAGUUUGCACAGGUCGCCAGUCUUUUUCUGGUCCGGCUCACUUCAUGGAUUAAGCUUACCUAUAUGUCUGGGUCAUUUUUAGGGCUUAAGCUUAAAGCAGUGGGUGUGUUCCUGUCCGCAUCGAGCAAUCAUCGCUACUUAAUUGAGUUCAUUGAGGUCGGAGGAGUUCUGACUCUUUUGGAAAUCCUGGGACAGGAAGACAUAAGUGAUGAGGAUAAAACAGAAGCUCUCCUCAUGCUACUGACUGUCUCGAAUGCCGGACAGAAAUUCAAAGAGCUCAUCUGUGAAAGCCAUGGGGUUAAAGCCAUUGCUGAGUGCUUGGUGAAUUCAGAAGCGGAGAACACCCAAGAAACAGCCUGCAGCCUGCUGGAGUCCCUGGCCCACAGUAACCACAGAUUUCAAGGCCAGGUGUACAAAGGCUUAGUGACUCUCCUGAGUUGCAAUUCCCCCAAUGCCCAGCAGCUUGUCCUGCAGACACUCCGCGUUGUACAGGAAAUUGUGAAGACAGCACAUCCAUGCAUUGUGGAACCAUUGUUGACCUUGUUGAAAUCUUUUCAUCUUGAAGUGCAAUAUGAGAAUCUGGAGCUGAUCAGAGAUUUGACCAAGUAUGAAGUGAGAGAAGCUCUACUGAGAGGUCUGGUGGCCUUACUUAAACCUGCAAAAGAAGGCAUUCAGAGGCACAUCAUCAUUGAAGAAAUGGCCGAGAUGAUGGAGUCCUUGCCAGUGUUUGUUCAACAGGCAGCAGCAGCUAGAGCCAUAAGGAUGCUGUCUCAGGAGAGCCAGGAGCUGUCCCAGGAUCUUCUUUCCCUUGGUGUAGUGCAUCAUUUGCUGUAUGCCAUGGGUAAUAAGGAGCAUACGGACACUCAGCGACAGGCCAGCAUUGCCCUGGAGCACUUUGUCCGCAUGAACGCAGUUGUGGAGGAGCUUGUACGUAAAGUGAUGGGAAUUGAAUUGUUUGAAUUAUUUAUGAAUGACGCUGAGGCUUUUUACUUGAAGAUUGAUGAUAUUCAAGCAGAUAUACUCUUGUCAGUCAGGGUGGACAUUCCUCAAGUUACUGAUGAAACUGACAGCUGAAAGCCUGUUCUUCAUUUGUUACAACUCCGUAAGCCAGGGGUUUUCAGUCUUAUUCAAAACGUGCGAGUAUAGGGGAAAUCCUUUGCUGUAGCACAGCACUAAAACAUCUCAUUCAACUUAUCAACGAAUCACAACCAUUUGUUGAAUAAAGCGUUUUUGUGCUGAGCCAUGAAGGAAAGCACUCGCACUGGCCCUUUUCGGAUAAGAGUGAAACCCCUUUGUGUAAGUUAUUCAACUUUUUUAGUGCCCUGGACAAGGAAUACAAGUUAAGUGCCUGUACAACAUUUCCUGAUUACCAGAGGAAAAAAUCUGAAAGUUGCUGACAUUUUUGUUUAUUUUAUUAUUAUUGGUUAAUAUUGCUGUAAACUACACACACAUUUCUGGACACAAAGUAGUAAAAAUACAAAUGAUGAUAUUAAAGAUAAUUAACACAAUACCUCUUUUUAAAAAAUGAGAAAUAUAUGACAUGGGACAUGAUGCACUAUAACUAACCGUUAAGUCCACCGAGAUUUGAAAUCCUCGUUUUCUGGUGUAGAAUGUUGUGCUCUUAUUUUGGGACAACCUGAAACAUGUUAGUUCAAAACGGGAAAGCCUCAGUAAUAUUUUCUCUUAAUUGGCCAUUUAUGAUGAUUAAUUGUUCAUACACUCAGUGUCACAGGAAAAUGAGGAAAUCGACUGAUGCCCAAGUUUCUGUGGUGGUUUUAAUGACAAAUUGUCAGUAUAUUAUUCAAGCUACUGUCUCAAGAAAGCCCUUUCCUGUGAUGCCAUCCAUUGUAUAUCAGUAAAAUGACUGCAAGUAUGUAUUGUCUUUUCAUUUUUUCUGCACUGGACUAGACGACUACUUUAUGAUAAGAACUAUUUUAAAAAUCUUUUUAAUCAUACAUUUACAAUUUUAACAGUUCCCUGGCCCUUAGUAACAAAUAAACCCACAGUAUGAGUGAGUAAUGGUUAUGAGCCAGUCAUAUUUAUAACAAGUGCUGUUACUUCUACAUGGUGACAACAAAACAUAUUAAAAUACCCUUGAAUAAAAGCUGCGAUUCUGCACUUUAUAAUCAGAGCCAAAAGAAAAUAAUAUUCAAAUAUUUUUGAUGGCCCCUAUCAGUCAGGGCACUUGGAAUCAUCAAAACGUCCUAACUGUUACAGCUAAUUGUAGCAAAACAAUUUUUGAUGGUUUGGCUCGGUACUCCAGCAUUUUGAAUUUGUUUUGAAAUGA